AUGUCUGACUCCACCAGAGAUAAGGGACUUUCCCUUACGGAAGAGCUGAAAGCCAUAUUGGCGAACCUCGAGGCAGCAGGCCCUCCACAGAUCGAUCCGACGUCAACAGUAUGGCCCUUUGUAUGGUCUAACAUCGAACCUAACCCUCGCUGUUGGGCUGUACCACCACCAGAUGGUACAGUCGCCGGGCCCUCUCCAAGUCACAAAGGAGACGACAGUGGUGAGGGUUCUGAUAGUGAAUACGCCGGUUCCGAUUCCGAUUCCGACGAAGAGAGCGACUUCACCUUUCAGUUCAACGAGGAGAAAUUCCUUUUGUUCCUUAAAAGGCUUCAUCCUCAUAUCGUUGCUAAACUACGCGCACCACCAAUUGGCGAUAUCCCAGAUCUGAGGCCAGGUAUCACGCUGCAAGAGCAUCAGAAGCAUGCUGUCGGCAAGGCCGAGUUCGCGAUGAACUCACAGUUUAAGGGGAUGAUACUCGGAGAUCCUCCUGGUCUUGGAAAGACCUUGUCGGCUCUAUCCAUCAUCGCCCGCACCUCCCAUGUUGGAUGCGGUCCAUCAAUCAUUGUUGCGCCGUUUUCAUGCUGUCAACACUGGAUGGAGGAAAUCAAGAAGUUCUUCAACGAUGAUAGUAUGCCUGCCUUCUGCCUCGCUUAUGAGAAUGCUACUGUGCAUGAAAUCUUUCGCUAUAAGAUCAUUGUGACAUCUUACGAACAAGUCUCCGCUGAACUCAGCCGCCUCCGUCGAUUCUCGAAGGGGAUGAUGGCGUACCACAAAGGCCGGUUAGCCAAAGAAGACCUUCCCAAGCGGCCAACGGUUACCUUACUUUCGGGAAUAUUCGGUCUCCCGGGCGUGAAACCUCUGGGUCCUCUACUGAUUUUAGAUGACGCCCAUUGUAUCAAAAACUACAACAGCCGCACGUACUCCGCCAUCUACAAGCUUAGGCAGAGCUUAGAUACUUGCAUCAUGAUGUCUGGAACACCGCUCGACGAUGCUUGGUUAGAUGCGUAUGCUCUAUUAUCACUUCUCCGGGGCCACAACCUCGCCUCUCCCGACGCUAUGGCACUCGCAUUCACAGGGCAUAAGGAGUUCUUGAAGUGCAAAGAAGGAGGGUUGCCUACCCUAACCGAUGAGAAGAUUCCUAGAAUGGUCCAGAUGAUGGACGCUGUCCUACUCCGGCGCCCGAUUACCAUCAAUAACCUGCCGCCGCUGAACUACAAACUAUGGCAGUACGGACACAAGACGGACAGCACUGAACUCUCAAACGAAUCUCUAUCCCAGUUCCUCCAGGAAAGGAAGGCGAAGAGGUUCGAGCAUGCUAUCUCCCACUUUGUCAAAGCCAGGCACUAUGCGUAUCACCCCAUGCUGAGCCAAUUGCAUGAUAUCGAGGAACCCAUUCAUCUUGCUUCAUGGACACGAAAUGAGACAGCCGACGAGAGCUUGUUGAGUCAAGAUAAACAAAGAUUGGCACAAUGGUACCAGGAGCUCAACGAAGGACGCAACUGGGAAUCUACGCGGACCGUUUGCUUGAUGGGUCUCGUUACACAGCACCUUGAUGCCAACCCAGACGACGCCAUGGUCAUUAUGGACGAGAGCGUGUUCUUUUUGGACAUCGUUCAAGUGGCUAUCAGCAAGAGUUUUCCAGCAAAUGGGGACAAGCCUAUCUUCCGAUACGAUGGGCGUGCCCACGGUUUCUUUUGGUCAGUCGUGGAACAGGCUGUCAAGGCCUGA